UUUUGCCGUCUUUUUUUUUUAUAACCUCCAUAGCUAGCAUGACGUUUGCUCACGCGCCACCAAGUGGAUAUCAGCCGGUCCCUCGCGGUGCUGGAAGCAUCUGGAGUCACGUCCAAGCGUUGAUCCAUGUCUGGCUUGCCGCUCCACCACGACGCCACUAGCCAGCAAACGAGACAUGGUGCUGAUGGGCUUACUGACACGGCAUGCUGGUUUUUCUAGAGCCUGCUGGCAUGUCUUCUGUGCAUGCUUCUGGCUUCAACCGGUUUCCGGUGCGUCGGUGCAGCGGUUAAACAGGGCGUCGUGUGUAGAACCCAAGACUAGCCGGGCGCAUGUAAGACUGUGCUGCCACCACUGGUGUAGCCAUGGAGGCAGCACGAAGCUCCGUUGAUACUCGUACACGAGUGCUCACUCACAAUUGUCAACCAUCAUCAUCAUCAGCAGCAGCAUCAUCAUCAUCAUCAUCAUCAUCAGCCGCUAGGCUCUGGCCCUGGCAGAAAAUCUGAGUAGAGCACC